AUGGAUGCAUUGCAGCCAUCAAUGGAAGCACACCUAGCAGAAGCAGAUGAAAGAUUAAGAAAGGCCUUGGAAGCUAUGGAAAUCUUGCAAAAAGAGAACAAGGACUUGAGACAGAAGAAUGCCAACUCUAAUAAUAUCGAUGCGCCGACUCACAGUGAGCAGGGUGAGGGAAAGGCACAUUGCAAUACCGAAGCGGAUACAGGGCGGGCAGAAAAAGAAAGAAUGCAUGACGAGUUGAAGGACCUAGCGGGAAAAUAUGAGGAGAUGGUGAAAAAGAUUGGGGGCUUUUCCUCAGUAGAAAGCCUGCUGUAUCAGAUAGAUCUACCAUACAACACACGGAUUAUGGCCAUGCGGCUCCCGCCAAAAUUCAAGGUUCCUCAAGUAGAUAUGUAUGAUGGGUCAAAAGACCCAGUAGAUCAUCUGGAGAACUUUAAAACUCAUAUCACGCUCUAUGGUUUCCCUAGAGAUAUUGCGUGCCGGGCUUUCCAUUUGACUUUAAAAGGGACAGCUAGGGGAUGGUUUGGGACUCUCAAGCCAAAAUCAAUAGACAGCUUCAAAAAGUUGGCAAAACAGUUCUUAACCCAAUUCAUGCCUAGCAGGAGGCGUAGGCACCCAGUUGCCUACCUACUGAUUGUCAAACAAAAGGAGGAUGAGAAUUUGAAGGCCUACCUGGCUCGUUUCAACAAGAAACGCUUGACAACGGAUGGCCAAGAUGAAAAGAUCACUCUGGCCGCCCUUUUGGGAGGAGUAUGGCCACGCAGUCCUUUUAUGGUGGAGUUGGCCCGAAUGACUCCUUCCACCCUCAGAGAAUUUAUGGACAUGGCUGAUAACUUUGUUAAUGCGGAAGGCACCCUGCAAGCAUUAGUGGAUCCUGAUAAGGAAGAUAGGGGGACCGAGCGAAGAAACGGGCAGGUUGACAAAAGAGCCAAGGCAAGUAGGCGAGAAAGAGCGCGGGAGAGGCGCUCAGAUAAUAGUCCUAGGCUGAUACACAAUAAUCUAGGCAUUCGAGAGGAAGGGAAGGAAAGAGGAGACCGUCGCCCUACCAGGACGGGCAGUCGAUACUGCAAAUAUCACCAAACAAGCUCACACUGGACUGAAGACUGCAUGACCAUGAAGAAAAGAGUAGCGAAAUUAGCAGAGACCGGUGAGUUAGAACGAAUGGUCGUAGAACAGUCGAGGUCGAGAAGGCGCCAAGAGUCUAGACAGGAAACCUGGCGGAGUCAAAGUUAA